UAGAAAUCCAGUUUUGAAGAAUGCUUUUGUAAACAAGCCUAUGGGUUCGGUAAACUCGGAUUGACACACUUGAGGGUUUAGAGUUCAGAGCUCUAGGUACUGCGAAUAACUGGAUUAAUGGAACGCUCAAGUUGAACGUUCCUGGCCUGCAUAUACCAUAUAUGUAGCUUGAGAUUUAUGGCUUGCGUUAGUAUAUUUAUAUUUUUUAAUUAGCCGCUUACCAGUGAUGCCAUUGCAGUGCUUAUCUUUUAAUUAAUUUCUAAUUAAAAUGGGUUUCUUGUUAAGUUUAAAAUGUUGGACUCGGCUUCUACUGCGCCGAAUGUGGGUAUAAAACCGUAAAGUUUCCUGUGAAGUGGCAUCAGUUGGCUUCCGAGUACGAAGCAAAUAUUUCUUAGUAAAGGAAGCAUGGCCCUGCGUUUCAUUGUUGCAUUCAGUGCUUGGUUGGUCCUGGCCCAAGGAUCAUUCCUACACGGAUCUCUGAAUGAAGCCCACCAAUCAGACAUUGUUGGUGCUGAAGCGGAGGUUCCCCAGGAAGGAUAUUUGCCUGCUGAGGAUGCCGUUGAGCCCCAUUCCCAUCACCACCAGGAGUCGCACCACCUCAUCCACGGCGCUCACAAUCACCAUUAUCACCACGAGUUCCCACAUCACCAUCAUCACUUGGAGGGCCCACACCACGGAGUACAUGGAUCCCAUCAUCAUGGAGUUCACCACGUGCAUCAUCAUCGCAACUGCCAUGCGACCAUCCAUUGUCCCAGGACCCACAGUCCGACUUAUGCCACCGAUGGACAUCUCUGCUAUCAUGUGGAAAACUCCUGUGAACUUGCAAUUUUGAACUGCCUGCGCCGCAAUGAACUGAAGCCACUCCUGAGACACAUCAGUGGGCACGAAUGCCAUCAUCUGCCCAGCGCUCGCAGAUCCCACUAAACCUUAAAUAUGUACUGAACAUAACUGAAGCUCUGACCAUA